GCGAUGACGGAAUCAAAACAAUGUGUUGGCGUUUAUGGCGUUUAGGUCCUACGUUUGUACACGUCGGCGUAGGCCUACUUCUGCAGCGCUAGAGGACACGUCAUUAUUUCGAAAGUUCUGGGCUGAGUUCAAAAUUUCUGCAAAACUAACCUGACGCUUUGUUCUCGCUGAAAAGCCAGCGGGAAAAGACGUGAAACGAAGGUGGUGGAAUUAGGGGACAUUAAUGCCAGCGCCAAGUGGCUGAAUUUCGGCAGUGGCCGUAGUGCAGCGGUGAAUGGUGAAAAGAGGAUUAGGCUAUGCGUGAGCAUAACCAGAUGUUCCCGGUGAUUUCUGGCCGAGUUUUAUCACAAUGUCAGGACAGGCGACACUCUGCCGAGGUCUCGUAGUUACAGCCAUCUCCUUGCUUCUAGCCUGUGGGGCAACUGGCAGCGAGGUCCAGGCAGCCAGCACGCAGCAGCAGGGGAUUCCCGAUGACGGUGGUCCCAAAGCCACUGUCUACGUCGAAGGGGCUAGAGUGGCAGCGUUCAAUACUUGCAGUGAGAAGACGGCGUCUAGCAACCACUUCAGGGAUUUGAUGCUCGUCAGCACCCUGGAUGGCAAGGUCUCUGCCCUGGACUUGCACAACGCUGGAUCGGUCCAGUGGACGCUUGACACAGACAUUGGUCCCCUGAUGGAUGCCUCCAUCAGUGAUUUUGAGGUUAUUGGGCCGGACGGCAGCUACAAGGUGAUCCCUUCCCUGGACGGCGGCCUGUUCCGCUGGGAUGGGCAGAACGUGGAGCCGGUGCCCCUCAGCGCCGACAUGCUGCUCAGCUCCUCCUUCAAGCUCAGCGACGAUGCGGUGAUGGUUGGGGGGAAAGAGACCAGCACCUAUGGCAUCAAUGCUGGGACGGGACAGAUUGUUUACGUUUGUGGUGUGAGCGGCUGCCACAUCUUUGAAGAGAACGAAAGCACCGACAAGGAUGACAUCAUUGUCAUAGAGCGAGUGCAGAGAACGUGCCGAGCUGUAGAACAGCGGACCGGAGCUGAAAAAUGGAAUUUUAGUGUCGGCCAGCACGAGGUCUCUUACCUGCCCGGUGCCCGUAAUGACGAAGAUCUUGGUUCCUCUGAGUAUGACUACGAUGAGGACUAUCACCAGGCAACUGUCUGCGUGGAGGAGUCAGAGGAGGAGCGGGCAGUCUUCAAGGUCUUCAUCUCUCCGGGGACAGUGGGGGCCUACAGCGAGCAGGACCCCACACGCUUGCUGUGGAAACAGGAGUUCUCGACAGCUAUAGCGGCUGCCUGGACCAUCAAAGAAGGCAAGCUGGAUCCGAUCGAUCUCUUUGAUGUCAAAAAUAUUCUUCUGCUCGGUCCUGAGAAUGACAGAGAGGCACAGCCGAACUCCCAGCUGCGCCCUGCCCUGUUCAUGGGCGAAUACAACAAUCAGGCCUACGUCCACUCCUCCAAGGAAGUGCAGCACUUUCAUCAGGCGGUCGCCGGCAUGAAGGCAGCGUCGGCCGCUGCAAGCUCAAAGGACUACGCCACUGGCUUCCCUGCGCCCAAAGUACAGUGGCGGCCGUACAUGUCGACAGCGCCCUCUAGGACCCCGAUCGUGGUCAAUGACCAGAGCAAUCACAGGCUGGGGACAGCGGACAGCAAUGCCAUCACUGUGUGGUCGCAGUACCCAUUCGAUGUCGGGUAUUACGUGCUGCAGCAGAGUCCGGUCCAGUUUCAAGUCUAUGGGCCCAAGAAAAACCCCAGCUACUCGGACUCCAACGACAGCGGGUCACGAGGCGAGAAUGACGGCCUUGAUAUUCUCCUGUCAGUGUCUGCAGUAUUCUGGUGGAAGGAAAUUCUGGCCAUCAGUCUGGUCCUCGCCCUGGGCAUGCAGUUCCUGUGUCACAUGCUGAGGUCCAGCUCCACGCUCGAGAGAGUCAACAGCCUGAGCUUCACGGGAUCCGUCAGUACGCAGGAGUCCAUGUCGGAGGACACCGGUGGAAAUGCGGACAACCAGCCAAUGGAGUACAAGUCUCGAUAUUUGACCGACUUCGAGCACCAGCAAUGUCUCGGCAAAGGCGGCUUUGGCAUUGUGUUUGAGGCCAAAAAUAAGGUGGACGAGAACAGCUACGCCAUCAAAAGGAUAUGCCUUCCAAACAGGACCAAGGCUCGGGACAAGGUCCUUCGGGAGGCCAGGGCUCUGGCCAGGCUGGACCACGGAGGCAUCGUCCGCUACUUCAACUCCUGGCUGGAAGAGCCCCCGGCAGGCUGGCAGAAGAUUCAGGACGAGCAGCUCUUGGGAGACAGCGUAAAUCCCAGCCAUGCAACUCUUCUCUCACAAUCCACCACGGCCAAUUUUAACAAGGACAGCCUGCUGGUCCGAGACAAGGAGCAGUUCUUGAGCCAGACGGCCUUCCACCUCAAGGUCCCCCCAACCAGCCAAGUCGAGAUGGAAGAUUUUUCCAGUGGCGCUGUCGACUGCCUCACGAAUCUCAAUGAGGAAAGUGGCUCGUUCAGUAUUGAAUUCUGUGAUGACACUGACGGCGACGCAGAGUUCAGCUUGACCCCCAAAGUGGAUGAGUCGGCUGCGUUUAACCUCGGAUUGAGUAGCAAUUCCGAUCCCGAUCUCUUAACGCCUGUCAACGCUCCACUCUGCGUUCCAUUUGGAAGAUCUUCCAGCCUGGCCCCUGUCCGCCCAAGGGCUGGUCAAGAUGAUUCUUUCCAAGUGAUAUUCGAAAGUGAUACAUCAGGUCAUGUCACAUCAGCCAAAAUUGGAAACAGGGACUCGGUCGGCUGCGACAACAGUCAAGUUGAUCAACUGAGCUCCCCAUCGGAUUACAACCAAAACUCUGGUUCUUUCCAAGUAGGUUUCGAGAGUCGCAAUCGCGACUGCCGUAAACCAGAAACGCGCAGCGCCGACUCCACUGGGCUCAACGACGACAGCGUGUUCUGCCACGAGAGCUCCGCGGCAGACCUUGAUGACCACACCCGUCCGAGGAAAGACGACGCCACGGGCAAACACUCCCGGCAAGGCUCCCUGGCAGGGGCGGGCAACGCCCGGAGCUGCCACUCAGCACCCAGGGUCUACCUGUACAUCCAGAUGCAGCUGUGCCAGAAGGAGACGCUGAAGGACUGGCUGGGGGCCAACACGCUGAGCCGGGAUCGCCUCCGCCUCCUUCACAUCUUCCAGCAGAUCCUAGCCGCCGUGCAAUACGUACACUCCUGCGGCAUGAUACACAGAGACCUCAAGCCAUCCAACAUCUUCUUCUCAGUGGACGGGACUGUCAAGGUAGGGGACUUUGGCCUGGUGACUGCAGUGGACACCCAGCUCGAACCGGAUGAGUCACUGGAUGACGACCUCAGCAGCAUCGACCUCAGCAAGAAGCACACCAGCCAAGUUGGUACCCAGCUGUACAUGAGUCCCGAACAGUUGAGUGGGAAGAGUUACGACCACAAAGUGGACAUCUUCUCUCUGGGGCUGAUCUUCUUUGAGCUGCUGCAUCCGUUUAGCACCCAGAUGGAGCGCAUCAUGGUGAUGAGCGGCUCCCGACAGCAGAAGUUUCCAGAAAGAUUCGGCAAGGAGCUGCCCUUGGAGACCAAGCUCAUCAAGAUGUUGCUGGCCAGCAAUCCGGCUGAGAGACCGAAUGCCGACGAUAUCCCGGAGAAAGAUGCCUUCUUGCAGAUGUACAGGAACUUUGUUCCACCCAAUCUGCCUACCCACCGAGGGCGCUAUGCCUCCAACUCCAGCAAUUGAUACCUGGUUGCCACGGUCGGACUUGCUCAACUUAUGUACCGUUUGUCACGUUAUCAUGAAUCAAAUUCUUUUCAUGUCGAUUCGAUGGCAUAUGACAAGACUGUCAGUCCUCUUUACAACCCGAGACCCAAAAAGUCUGUGAGUAUACCUGGAUACCCGUUUCUUUCAAAGGAAAGAACCUCAACAUUACCAUUUACUGUGCCCGCAAUUGCAAAGUUUCUCUGUUGCCCAUCAUGCUUCUCUAAUGACCUCUCAGAAUCGUGGACUAGCAGGGACGUUUUUGUUUGGUUCUGAAAUAAUAGGAAUAACCACAUUCAAGACUUGAUGUGUAUAUAACUUGCCCGGUAAAUCACGCCGUGAAGAGUGACCGAUUAACUUUUGUUUCUGGCUCC